CUCUCGACCUUCAUUACUCACACCUUCUGCAUUUUCUUUCUCCAAACACACAUUUCUCUCUCCUAGGUUUCUUUUGUUUCCUCUAUCUAGAAAUGGCACCAGAAGUAGCCCAGAACGGCGCCGCACACAACGGAGCUGUCACGAAGACGGCGACAUUCUCGGCGAUGAAGCCGCAGCUGUUCGUCGAGGCGUCGAAAGCAAACGACGCCGUUGAGUUCUAUAAGGCCGCGUUUGGUGCUGUAGAGAUCAGUCGCGUCACUCAUCCGAAGCGUAAGGCUGACCAAGAGCUCCCUCUUGUCAUCUCCGCUCAACUUAAGCUCGGCGACUCCGUUUUCAUCGUCUCUGACGACUCUGAAGCUCCAUUGAAGAGCGGUACUGGAAGUGUUUUCUGUUUGGAGAGUGAGGAGAUCGACGUAGCGGUCGAGAAGGCGGUGAAGGCCGGCGGCGUUAGCGUCGGAGAAGUGACAGAAGGCGAAGGCGCGUGCUGCGGAGGGCGCGUGGGGACGGUGAAGGAUCCGUACGGCAAUAUCUGGAUGAUCUGCUCUCCUGCAAAGAAGGCUGGUGCUGACGUGGAAGCAUAGGAGCCGUCGGAUAUUUACUGUUUACUUUAACUGUAGUAGUGAACCUUGAAAUAUGAAUGCGUCUGUAGUAGAUUUCAAGCAGGUGGUUUAUGAAUGACUCUGUAGCUGACCGGAACAAGUUGCUUUUGCUAUAUAUUUUACUGCAAAAUUAUUUA